CUCGUGGAGCUCCAGUCUAACUCAUGGAGCUCCAGUCUGUCUCAUGGAGCUGCAGUCUGACUCAUGGAGCUCCAGUCUGUCUCAUGGAGCUCCAGUCUGUCUCAUGGAGCUGCAGUCUGACUCAUGGAGCUCCAGUCUGUCUCAUGGAGCUCCAGUCUGACUCAUGGAGCUCCAGUCUGUCUCAUGGAGCUCCAGUCUGUCUCAUGGAGCUGCAGUCUGACUCAUGGAGCUCCAGUCUGUCUCAUGGAGCUCCAGUCUGACUCAUGGAGCUGCAGUCUGUCUCAUGGAGCUCCAGUCUGACUCAUGGAGCUCCAGUCUGACUCAUGGAGCUGCAGUCUGUCUCAUGGAGCUCCAGUCUGUCUCAUGGAGCUCCAGGCUGACUCAUGGAGCUGCAGUCUGUCUCAUGGAGCUCCAGGCUGACUCCACACAGAUUGAAAUGAAUGCAGUCACAGAAACUUUUCCGGAUUUUGCUGCUUUGGUCCAUUGGUAGAAUUAUGGACAAUGAGGUCUUUCAAGCUUGUGGAGAACAUCUAUGCAGACACUGAGAUUUUCGAUCCUGAGGCUCUCAACAACCAUCAUCCAUUGACUGCAUACACAGUGGGAGGGAAGAUACUGGUGACCCCAAAAGUGUGCCUGCUGCAUUGAAGGGACGCGGAAUGGUGAGUAUACUGAUUACUCUUCAUAGAUUGAGUCUGUUGCUUCUGCUCUCGUCAGUAGGCACCCCUGUCUUCAAGAACCGGGCAGUGUAACGGGGUAUGAUGGAUGGAAAAUGAGCAUAAAAUACAAACUUGGUAAUUACAGGUCCAAGCUACGUAACGCAGGCUGCAUUGAGGUCAGCAUUAACCGGAGAAGAAGCGGUGAAGAUGAUGGUGCAGGUCCUUCUUUGAAGAGAGCAAAGCGAGGGUAGAUUAACUAUGUUCCUGACCACCCAGAUACCCAUACUGAUGACUCGCUGGAGGAGGAAAGACUAGCUCUGGUUGAGGAGUUAGAGAAGAGGAAUAAGAAUGUUGCACUCAUAAAGCAACAGAUGGAGGUGACAUUCUCCCUGAGGCGCAAGGAGAUUGUGGAGCUAGUGCCUAUGGUGUCAGAGGUUCAGGAGCGGUGGCCUGCUCUGUUUUACGAGGCAGAGAUCAGGGAAGAGUUUCUUCGGAUCACCAACAAGGACCUAAUAGACAACUUCGGAGCAGCCAUUAAUCAGCACACUCCUAGGCUCCUUAAACUCUAUCGGGCUAGGCGGACAGCUUUCCCGCCUGAGAUGGAUCAACUCCUUAACAGACUGGAUGAAGAGAUAUCUCACAUCAUAGCACAUCGACACACUGCAGCCUUGAAGGGCCUCCCCUUGUAUCUCCGUGACAGUCAUGAGAAGCUGUUCAGGAACUGUCUGGCCACUGACCCAGAAGAGGAGCAGACGAAGGGCCUCAUCGUGGGUAUCCUCACUGUGUUGGAGGAUGAUGACAGUUCAGCUCCUGCAACAGUCAUUAAUGUUGCUGUUGUUGUAGAAGAAGACAUCGUCCUCCAGGAUCUCCCUGACCUGCCAACGACUUUUGCUUACCUCUUUGGGCUGAUCUACGCUUUAAACCUCCAGUACCCAAAAGAACUGAGGUACACAUUCGAAACCAUUCAGAAAGUUUUCAUGGAACUUGGAACUGAUCUCUCUGCAAGGGUCCGAUCCUUCAAAAACAAACUCCUUCAGUGAAUCCACCGAGUUAGCUGAUAAUGUUGGG